AGUUGCACCAUGGGAGUGAAUCCACUUGUCCUUGUCGGCACAGCAGUUUUGGGCCUUGGUGUCCUCCUUCACAUCGUUGGCAUGGCAACGCCCGUAUGGUCUGUUGUCAAAGGUGAUAGUGACACCAGUUUCGGGGUUUUUAAGAGAUGUGCCAAAGUUUUUGGAAGUCAUGUCUGCGUGUCUUACAUUGUUACUACGGUUUUUUUCAUCCUUCUCGGCGUGAUCAUCUGGGGUGCUGCUAUCCAUGCUGACAACAGCUCCCUACUUGACAUUGGCUACUCCUUCAUCCUGAGCAUUGUGGGCGGCAUACUGGUGGCUGUAGGAGGAAUCAUAGGCUACAUCGGUGGUCGAGACAUUGUGGUCUCUUAAUGUACAACGUCGGCAAAAUCGGAACUGCACGUACGUGUAAUAUACACUAAGGACACAGAUAGAUGGGAUGUCCUCGUUUGUUCUUACACACAACUAACAAAGUGUUGGUUUUUCAUCUACAUGUAUGUUCAUUUUUACAAAAUGGCCACGUCUGAUUUUUACAUCUUUUCCCGACCAAAAUGUAUCAAGAUAUGGAGUUAAAAAUGCAACAAUGAAAGUUAACAUAUCUAAAUUGUCAAAUUUAUUCAACAUAGGCAAUUCACAUUUAACACAAUGGAAAACUUAAGCAAAUACCAGCUCAGAUAUAAUCACAGAAAUGACCUAUAGUACAUAAAAUACAGGAGUUGAAUUUGAUAGUGUUAAAUUUGAACUGACAAUGUUGAAAUUGGACUGACAAUGUUGAAUUUGAACUGACAAUGCUGGAAUCUGAUUCGCACAUGACGUCAUAAAUUGUCCCUGUUGAAUCUGAACUCUCUAUGUUACCGUACUUUUCAAAGCUCCAUUUUGAUGUUUGAUCCUCCUAGUAUUACAUUUGCUCCCUCUGUUGUUGGUGUUUGAACUUUCUAUGUUGAAUUUGAGUGGAUUUUAUGUUGAAUAAAUCCUGUUAAGUUUCAUUUGAAUAGUCUAAAUUGAUAUUUGUCUGGAAAAUGUGUAUCACGUUGUGCUUGUGAUGUAUUUGAUAAAGACAACACAGGAUUAUGAUAAGGCUAGUUUUGUAGAUGGUAGACUAUAGUAAUUCCGAAAUUCUUCAUGUGUAAGAUAGGUCCAGUAUAGUAAUCAGAGUCGUAUUGGGAACAUCAUAAUGGGAUCCCAAUAGUAUACCUUGCUAGUGGUGAUAACAGUAAGAACGGCUGCAUGCUUGAUGAUGACCCGGUAUAGAUGUGAAAAAACUCCAAUCUUGGAUUAUCAGAGAUGAUCCAUUUUGUUUAAAUGCUUCUGACCCCCCCCCCCCUUCCAGUGCACACCUUUUCUUUCUCGGAACAACGAUCCAGUCUCUCAGUCUUCGGCUGCCCAUUCUGGGACGUUGUUCUACUACCACUUCCUCUGUCUGCACCAACUGCUCCUGGCUUGCACUUCCCCAACAUGUCCUGAUAAGUACAAUUUCACGGAGUUAUCUACCCCCGCCACUAGACAUUUGCGAUGCUUCAAUUUUUUAUCGGAAAUGGGGGGGGGGGGGGG